CGGCCCCGCCCCCCUGCCCGGGCACCCGGCGGGAGGCGACGCCUGCGCAGUGCGGUCGCGGGGGGCCGUCGUUGUCCCCCGAGCCGCCGACCGGGCCUCGAACGGGAUGGCAGAGGAGGUGAGCACCCUGAUGAAGGCCACGGUCCUGAUGCGGCAGCCUGGGCGGGUGCAGGAGAUCGUGGGCGCCCUCCGCAAGGGCGGCGGAGACCGGUUACAGGUGAUUUCUGAUUUUGACAUGACCUUGAGCAGAUUUGCAUAUAAUGGAAAGAGAUGCCCUUCUUCUUACAAUAUUCUGGAUAAUAGCAAGAUCAUCAGUGAGGAGUGUCGGAAAGAGCUCACAGCACUACUUCACCACUAUUACCCAAUUGAGAUCGACCCACACCGGACCGUCAAGGAGAAGCUACCUCAUAUGGUAGAAUGGUGGACCAAAGCGCACAAUCUCCUAUGUCAGCAGAAGAUUCAGAAGUUUCAGAUAGCCCAGGUGGUUAGAGAGUCCAAUGCAAUGCUCAGGGAGGGAUACAAGGCCUUCUUCAACACACUCUACCAUAACAACAUUCCCCUUUUCAUCUUUUCUGCGGGCAUUGGUGAUAUCCUGGAAGAAAUUAUCCGACAGAUGAAAGUGUUCCACCCCAACAUCCACAUCGUGUCUAACUACAUGGAUUUUAAUGAAGAUGGUUUUCUCCAGGGAUUUAAGGGCCAGCUCAUACACACAUACAACAAGAACAGCUCUGUGUGUGAGAACUCUGGUUACUUCCAGCAACUUGAGGGCAAAACCAAUGUCAUCCUGCUGGGAGACUCCAUUGGGGACCUCACCAUGGCCGAUGGGGUUCCUGGUGUGCAGAACAUUCUCAAGAUUGGCUUCCUGAAUGACAAGGUGGAGGAGCGGCGGGAGCGCUACAUGGACUCCUAUGACAUCGUGCUGGAGAAGGAUGAGACUCUGGAUGUGGUCAACGGGCUACUGCAGCACAUCCUGUGCCAGGGGGUCCAGCUGGAGAUGCAAGGCCCCUGAAGGCGCAGGCUCCAGCCCGGCCUGCAGGCCGUGGUGAGGAGGGGCGCCUCCCCAGAGUCUGCUCCCCCAUGAACACAGAGCAGAGGCCAGGGUGGCCAGCAGUGGCUGGGUCCUUCCAUGCCCCUCCGUCCUCCUUUCCCUGAGCACCUUCAUCACCAGAGGCUUGAAGGAACCCCGCCAUGUGGCAGGGCACAAGCACUGUUCUUGGUGAACCUUGGACCACAGCAUGUCAGUGCUCUAGGGAUUGUCUAUUCCAGGGAUUUUUUUCAAAAUUUUUAAACAUGGGAAGUUGUUCUUCAAGCAAAUAUAAUGUGUGAAACAGUCAA